UAUGAUUCUGAAGUUAGGGUUGCUAGUUGUUCUUCCCCUCGUUUUGGGGCUCAUGCCACCUGGACCCUCAUAUGGAUCCAGGGCGAACGGAGGUAACAGUGGUAUUCCAAACACUGGGAUGAACACGGGAUCUUCCAGCAACACAGCCAGAAUGACACCAAAUAACAUGAAUACAUUACCAAAUCCAAACACCAAUAGAAAUGCUGGUCGAAACAUGAGACCAGGAGGAAGAUUUCCUGGAAAUGACCUUCCUUAUCAGUGCACGAUGUACAGCGACGCCGGCUAUUUCUGUCCCUACGGUUACCCCCGCCCUGGUACAAGAUACUUCUUUAAUACAUAUUCGGGACGAUGUGAAAGCUUCUUCUACCUCGGUUGCGGAGGCAAUCUUAACACUUACUCUUCACGAGACGAUUGUAUCAGAUCUUGUGCAUGCUUCACCUACCCUGAUCCCGGAAACUAUCCUUGUUAUCAUCAGAGCACCCGCCGAUGGUAUUUCAACAGAUACUCAGGCACCUGUCAACAAUUUUAUUUUAGUGGAUGCAAUGGUGGAAAUGACAACAAUUUCCGAAGCCAAUUAGAAUGCCAAUCUGCUUGUGGACCAGAACCUUGCAAUGGACCAUGGUGCGGUGGUAUUGGGAUGGGAGGCGGAAGGCAAGGAGGACAGGCAGCUGCUCAAAUAGCUAAUGGAAACACUGGAGCACAGGCACCAUCCCCAGCCAUGCCUAGCCAACCAGCUGGAAUUAAUGGAAUGCCUGCCAUCGAUCAACCGAAUGUUGCUAUGCCCACCAACAACAGAGGUUCAUCGGGCACCAACAGAAUGACUAUCGAUAUGGCAAAUAGCAUGGCCAACGCAAACAACGUAAUCGACAUGAACUCUUUUGCAAAGAUUGCGUCUUCUGCUAUGAAUCAUAACUCCAAUGCAAAUACAAUGAGCAUGGUUUAUCCUACUCCGAAUCAAAUGAAUUCUGGAAAAGCCAUGUACAUUUGUGAUAUGAUUCUGAAGUUAGGGUUGCUAGUUGUUCUUCCCCUCGUUUUGGGGCUCAUGCCACCUGGACCCAAAUAUGAAUCCAGGGCGAACGGGGCUAAUAGAGGUAUUCCAAACUCUGGGAUGAACACGGGAUCUUCCAGCAACACAGCCAGAAUAACACCAAAUAACAUGAAUACAUUACCAAAUCCAAACACCAAUAGAAAUGCUGGUCGAAACAUGAGACCAGGAGGAAGAUUCCCUGGAGGUGACCUUCCUUAUCAGUGCACGAUGUACAGCGACGCCGGUUAUUUCUGUCCCUACGGUUACCCCCGCCCUGGUACAAGAUACUUCUUUAAUACGUAUUCAGGACGGUGUGAAAGCUUCUUCUACCUCGGUUGCGGAGGCAAUCUUAACACUUACUCUUCACGAGACGAUUGUGUCAGAUCCUGUGCAUGCUUCACCUACCCUGCUCGCGGAAUCAUUCCUUGUUAUCAUCUAACCCGCCGAUGGUAUUUCAACAAAUACUCAGGUACCUGUCAACAAUUUUAUUUUAGUGGGUGCAAUGGUGGAAAUGACAAUAAUUUCCAAAGCCAAUUAGAAUGCCAAUCUGCUUGUGGACCAGAACCUUGCAAUGGACCAUGGUGCGGUGGUAUUGGGAUGGGAGACGGAAGGCAAGGAGGACAGGCAGCUGCUCAAAUAGCUAAUGGAAAUACUGGAGCACAGGCACCAUUCCCAGCCAUGCCUAGCCAACCGACUGGAAUUAAUGGAAUGCCUGCCAUCGAUCAACCGAAUGUUGCUAUGCCCACCAACACCAGAGGUUCAUCAGGCACCAACACAAAUACCUUCGUCAACAGAAUCGACAUGAACUCUUUUGCUAAGAUGGCGUUUUCUCCUAUGAAUCCUAACUCCAAUGCAAAUAAAAUGAGUAUGCCAACAAGUAUAGAAAAUGAUCUGCGGAGUCUUUUACACGCCAGUGAUUCGUGCCAAAAAGCAGCUCCUGCAAACGAUCAGCUUCGUGUACAAGCAAUGGAAUGUUAUCUUUCCGGUAAGAUGAUUCUGAAGUUAGGGUUGUUAGUGGCACUUCCUCUUGCUCUGGGGAUUAUAAUGCCUCCAGGACCCACAUAUGGGUCAGGGGCUAACGGAGCGAAUAGACAAACCCCUAACUUGCAUUUUGGUCAAACGCUUAAUACCAGAACAAAUGCACCACAAAAACCAAAUAGGCACGGAGAAAACAUGAAACCUGGAGGAAUAUUUCCCGGAAAUGAACUUCCUUAUCAGUGUACCAUGUACCGUGACUCUGGUUACUUCUGCCCCUAUGGUUAUCCCCGCCCAGGUACAAGGUAUUUCUUCAAUGUCUACAGCAGACGAUGUGAAAGCUUCUUCUAUCUUGGCUGUGGAGGAAAUCUUAACAGUUACUCCUCACGGGAAGAUUGUAUCAGAUCCUGUGCAUGCUUCACCUACCCUGAUCGCGGAGUCUAUCCUUGUUCAUAUCCAAACACCCGCCGAUGGUAUUUCAACAGAUAUUCGGGCACCUGUCGACCUUUUUAUUUUAGUGGAUGCAAUGGUGGAAAUGACAACAAUUUCCAGAGCCAAUUGGAAUGCCAAUCUGCAUGUGGUCCAGAACCUUGUCGUGGACCAUGGUGCAAUGAUGAGCCUUUGAUGCCUAGACCAAGAGGACAGUCAACCCAACCAGCUCUUAUUGGUAAUGCUGGGGUAAGCGCACUAACCACCCCAAGAGAGCCAGCCCAACCUAGCGCACCUCAGCCGCUCGGUUUGAAUAGACCUCCAGCCGUAGGUCCACCUAAUUCUGGUUUUUCUACGAACAAAAUAAAUAGGCAUGGCCCCAUCAAGACAGACACCAUGACAAGCGAUUUAACAAGUGAAAUGUCCAACGGAAACAGAGGCAUUGACAUGGCCUCUAUUGCUAAUAUCUGGAAUAUGGCAUCUGAAUCGAUGAAUCAAGAUUCAACCCCAAAUGGAAUGAAUUUGGUGUAUCCAUCUGCAAACCAAAUAAAUUCUGGAAAGAGAAUGUAUAUUUGA